AUGGCUGAAUUUCUUUGGAAAAAUUUAGAAAAAACCCAUUUUGUUGAAGUCCCCUUUUUUCUUGUUUAUAUUUUACUUUUGGCUUAUAUUAUUGGCUCUGCACAACUUGUAGCUUAUCUCGAAGAUUGGAAAUUCUUUGAUUCUCUUUAUUUUAUUAUGAUGAGUGUAAUGACUAUUGGCUUUGGAGGUGAAAAUAAUAAUUAUUUGAUUGAAGAAUUAAGAAGUAACUAA